AUGAAGGACAAGAAUGUGUACAAUUUACGUUAUAAUGAAGAUGAUUGUUCGAACACUAAUGACAAACAUAUUGCUCCCGACUUAAAAAAGAUAGAAGAAUUGUGUGGAAAAAACAUAAAGACUUUUGCUCACGGCUCGUAUUUCGCCCUGGCACUUACAGAAGAAGGAGAAGUUUACUUUUGGAAAUUUGAUAAAUACAAUUUCACUGAGAGAGGACCUGUCAAGUCCACACCUAUUCGAGUCUCCGGCUUUAGCACGAAACGUAUCGUGAACAUUGCAUGCGGCGAUGUUCAUUUUCUCGUUUUGACCACCGAUGGAGAGGUGUAUGCUUGGGAAGACAAUAUACGACAAUAUGUAAACAUAACUACUUUCAAUGGUAUUGUGAGACAAGUAAAACAUGGAUUGGAGAAGAAGAAUAUUGUUCAUAUCGCAUGUGGUAAUCGAUCCAACAUAGCUGUAACUGAUGAAAAUAUAAUAUAUAAUUGGGGCGAUAAUAUGGACGGCCGGAUUUCAAUCCAACGGCAACAUUAUUAUGAAUACCCACGCAAAAUUAUCAGAAUCUCGGAUAAAAUAGUUAAGGUAGUCUGUGGAUGUGCUCAUAUGUUGGCGCUCACAAAUAAAGGAAAGAUCUAUGCCUGGGGCAACGUUUAUGGACAAGUGGGUGUAAAUAACAACUUGAUAUCCUCUGAUCCGAUCGUGGUAAAACAUGAAUAA